AUGGAUCUCAAAACAGAUUACAUCCUCGUCACGCGAGACGGCAGUGUCGCCAUUACAGAUUUUGGCCUUUCAGGAUAUGAAGAGGAUUUGAGAGCAUCGCCGAGACUAAGCGGCACUCCUGGAUAUGUAGCUCCUUAG